AUGACGUCUUUUGAGAACAGACUUCAGGGUUCAGACAACGGGUCAGUUUCUGACGAUUACGAUGUGCAUAAGACGCUACUCAAAGCACCUGGCCAAAAACACCAAGAUGUGGAAGACGUAGUUGAAGUCCAAAACUACGGUGACGAUACUAGCGUGUCUUACAAGGAUGGCCUCACAGAAAGUGACGAAGAAGGGCAUCAGAUUAAAUACAAGACUUGUUCAUGGCAGCAUACUACAGGAUUAUUGCUAUCAGAAUACAUCGUCCUAGCCAUCAUGUCAUUUCCAUGGUCUUAUUCGGUGUUGGGUUUAAUUCCGGGACUUAUAUUGACUGCAUUUGUUGCAAUUACCGUCUUGUACACAGGACUUAUUGUUUUGGAUUAUUGUGAACGGUUCCCUCAUCUUAAAAAUGUGUGUGACAUUGGACAACAUCUAUUCUGGGGCAGCAAGGCUGCCUGGUAUGCAACUGCUGUUUGCUUCAUAGCUAACAACACACUUAUCCAAGGGUUGCACGUCUUGGUCGGCGCCAAAUACCUCAAUACCGUCACAAAUCAUUCUGUUUGUUCUGUUGGAUUCGCAGCUAUUGUUGCUGUCAUUUCAUUUGUGUUUUCAAUCCCAAGAACAUUCUCCUCCUUAUCUAAAGUUGCAUACUUCUCAGCUAUUACCAUGUUCAUUUCAGUUAUCUUGGCUAUGAUCUUUGCUGGAAUUCAGGAUCACCCAGCUGGCUAUGAUGGUACUGCUGUAACGUAUCAAUUAUGGCCUAAGAAGGGAACAACAUAUGUUGAUGCCAUGGGUGCAUUUUUGAAUAUUGUCUACACUUUUGUUGGUCAAAUUACUUAUCCACAGUUCAUCUCUGAGAUGAAAAGACCAAGGGAAUUCAAGAAGGUACUUUGGAUAGUCACUGCGCUGGAACUUAUUAUUUUCUCCUUAGCGGGGGCUUUGAUCUACGUGUAUGUCGGUAACGAAUACAUGACUGCGCCAGCAUAUGGAUCUUUGACAAAGACUUACAAGAUCAUUUCCUUCUCUUUUGCCAUCCCUACCAUCGUGUUCGUUGGGUCCUUAUAUUCUAACAUCUCAUCGAGAUUCGUGUUCUUCAAUGUCUUCAGAAACUCGGAGCAUUUAUACUCUCAUACCAAGGUCGGAUGGUUGGCUUGGAUUGGCUUAUUGUUAUUGACUUGGGUAGGUGCCUUUGUGAUUGCAGAGGUUAUUCCUUUCUUCUCAGAUCUAUUGUCCUUGAUGUGUUCUUUAUUCGAUUGUUGGUUCGGAUAUGUAUUCUGGGGUAUGGCAUACCUAAAGGUAAAACAAAAUAAAUACAAGCAGAGUAACCCUUAUCCGUACUUGACUAAGAUUGAAAAGGUUCAUUUCAUCAUAGCGGGAAUUCUCAUUACUAUCGGAAUUUAUAUUUUGGGACCUGGUCUAUACGCUACUGUUCAAAGUAUCAUUUACAAUUUCCAAUCAGAUGCAUAUGGCUCAGUCUUCAGCUGUGCUUCCAAUGGUAUUUAA